AUGUUUUCAACAAGGAGUGAGUACGAUAGAGGAGUAAACACAUUUUCUCCAGAAGGUAGACUUUUUCAAGUGGAAUAUGCUUUGGGGGCUAUAAAGCUGGGAAGCACGGCAGUAGGCAUCUGCGUCAACGAAGGAGUGAUUUUAGCCUCCGAAAGAAGAAUUGCAUCGCCAUUAAUAGAAAAAGAUUCAAUUGAGAAACUUUUGGCAAUAGAUGAUCAUAUAGGAUGUGCCAUGAGUGGUCUUAUUGCAGAUGCAAGAACACUAAUCGAUUAUGCAAGAGUUGAAUGCAAUCACUAUAAAUUCAUAUAUAAUGAAAAUAUAAAUAUAAAAUCAUGUGUAGAAUUAAUAUCAGAAUUAGCAUUAGAUUUUUCUAACUUGUCUGAUAAUAAGAGAAAGAAAAUUAUGAGUAGACCAUUCGGUGUUGCUUUAUUAAUUGGAGGUGUUGAUAAGAGUGGUCCCUGUCUAUGGUACACAGAACCCUCUGGUACGAACACUAGAUUUUUAGCUGCAUCUAUAGGAUCGGCCCAAGAAGGAGCAGAAUUAUUAUUACAAGAAAAUUACAAUAAAAACAUGACUUUUGCAGAGGCUGAGAUAUUGGCACUUACUGUUUUGAGGCAAGUGAUGGAAGAUAAACUGUCAUCAUCCAAUGUAGAAAUUGCUGCAAUUAAGAAGGAUGACAAAACAUUUUACAAGUAUAAAACGGAUGACAUAUCCAGAAUUAUUGAUGUGCUCCCUUCUCCUAUUUAUCCCACGAUUGAUAUGACGGCCUAA